AUGUCUAUCUCUCUCUCUCUCUAUGUCUCUUCUCUCUGUCUUCCCCUUUAUGUCUCUCUCUCUUUAUGUCCCUCUUUUUCUUUGUCUCUCUCUCUCUCUGUCUCUCUCUCUUUAUGUCAUUCUUUCUAUGUCUAUCUCUCUCUAUUUUUCAUCCUCUCUGUCUCCCUAUCUCACUCUCGCUUUCUCUGUGUCUUUCUCUCUGUCUGUCCUUCUUUCUCUAUGUCUGUCUGUCUGCCUCUCCCUAUGUUUCACUCUCUCUGUCUCCCUAUGUCAUUCUCUCUUUCUCUGUCUCUUUCUCUCUGUCUGUCCCUCUUUCUCUAUGUCUCUCUCUCUCUGUCUCUCUCUGUCUAUGUUUCACCCUCUCUGUCUCCCUAUGUCAUUCUCUCUUUCUCUGUCACUUACUCUCUGUCUGUCCCGCUUUCUCUAUGUCUGUCUGUCUGUCUGUCUGUCUGUCUCUCUAUGUUUCACCCUCUCUGUCUCCCUAUGUCACUCUCUCUUUCUCUAUGUCUCUCUCUCUGUCUCUCUCUAUGUCUGUCUGUCUGUCUGUCUGUCUCUAUGUUUCACCCUCUCUGUCUCUCUAUGUUUCACCCUCUCUGUCUCCCUAUGCCACUCUCUCUUUCUCUGUCUCUUUCUCUCUGCCUGUCCCCCUUUCUCUAUGUCUCUCUUUCUGUCUCUCUGUUUCACCCUCUCUGUCUUUCUAUGCCACUCUCUCUGUCUCUUUCUCUCUGUCUGUCCCUCUUUCUCUAUGUCUCUCUCUCUCUAUGUUUCACCCUCUCUGUCUCCUUAUGUCACUCUCUCUUUCUCUGUCUCUUUCUCUCUGUCUGUCCCCCUUUCUCUAUGUCUCUCUUUCUGUCUCUCUGUUUCACCCUCUCUGUCUUUCUAUGCCACUCUCUCUUUCUCUUUCUCUCUGUCGGUCCCUCUUUCUCUAUGUCUCUCUCUCUGUCUCUCUCUAUGUCUGUCUGUCUGUCUCUAUGUCUCUCAGACACACUCGUUUACCCGUGCAUGUAA